AUGUUAAUUCUUCCCCCUCUCUCUUCACUUUAUUGGAUUCUCCACUCUCUUUUUUCUUUUCUCUAUUUUCCUCUCUCUUUUUUCUUUUCUCUAUUUUCCUCUCUCUUUUUUCUUUUCUCUAUUUUCCUCUCUCUUUUUUCUUUUCUCUAUUUUCCUCUCUUUUUUCUUUUCUCUAUUUUCCUCUCUCUUUUUUCUUUUCUCUAUUUUCCUCUCUCUUUUUUUUUCUCUAUUUUCCUCUUUUUUUUUUCUCUAUUUUCCUCUCUCUUUUUUUUCUCUGUUUUCCUCUCUUUUUUUUUUCUCUUUUUUCCUCUCUCUUUUUUCUUUUCUCUAUUUUCCUCUCUCUUUUUUCUUUUCUCUAUUUUCCUCUCUCUUUUUUCUUUUCUCUGUUUUCCUCUCUCUUUUUUCUUUUCUCUGUUUUCCUCUCUCUUUUUUCUUUUCUCUGUUUUCCUCUCUCUUUUUUCUUUUCUCUGUUUUCCUCUCUCUUUUUUCUUUUCUCUGUUUUCCUCUCUCUUUUUUCUUUUCUCUGUUUUCCUCUCUCUUUUAUUCUUUUCUCUGUUUUCCUCUCUCUUUGAUUCUUGCUCUGAUUUUUACCUCUCAUUUCUCUCUGAAUCCAUCUCUCUUUUUCUCUUUCACAUUCUACCUUGUUUUCUUUCUUUCUUUUUCUCUCUCUAUCUCAUUUCACUGCGCUUCUUUUUGUCUCUGAAUCCACCUCUUUUUCUUUUCUCUCUCUCUCUCAUUCCAUCCCUUCCCUUCUCUUUUCUUUCCUUUUUGUCUCAUUCUACCCCUCUUUUAUCUUUCUCUGUCUCAUUUUAG